GAGAUUUCGAGAUUUCUGCUGUUUCGGCUGGGUCCGAAGGUCUUUCCCUUCUCCACACAAUUUCGCUUCUUUUGUUGCGAAGAAACGGGUGUGGUUUACUGAAGUGCUGGACGCAAGAGAAAUCAAAGGUACUAGUACAGCCAUCAGGCAAGCAGUUGAUGAACCAUGAGUGAUCCUUGGAAACAAAAGUGGAUAGUGAUAAGCUUCAAGAUUGGUAGCUUUCUGUCGAUUAUCUCGACAGCCUAUGUCAUGUUCGAGGUGGCGAGCAACCAGAAGAAGCGUUCUCGGACAUACUUUCGUUUAUUGUUUGGACUGAGUCUCAUGGAGUUCCUCGAGUCUAUAGCAAUCUUCUGUGGGCCUUGGUGCACGCCGGAAUGGUGGUCGGCAAAAAUGUGGAGUGCCUCUGGAAACGAAGCUACCUGUCAAGCACAAGGUUUCCUGACGCAGAUUGGCUCGGUGGGAUCCUUCAUGUACAGCUUGUGUUUGGCGGUUUACUAUAUUCUGGCCAUCCGCAACAACGUGGUGGAACGCAAAAUUCGAAAGAACUCAGAGCCGUGGAUGCACGCCACAACUCUUCUGAUGAGCUUUGUCCCCUCCAUUGCCUUUUUGGCGUCGGAUUUCUAUCGGCCCAUGGGAACCAUCUGUUACAUGGGCAAAACACCUCCAAAAUGCAAAGAGUCCUACAAGUUCGGAUACACCACCUGCACGCAAGGAGACAAUACCACCCUCUUCUACUACAUAUUUCGAGCUACCCCAGCCGGUGCUGCCUACUUUACCACUGCGCUCUGCUUGAUCUUGGUCUGGUGGAAGAUCAGAGCACAGGAAAAGAGGAAUGUGCGGUACAGUGUGGGACAGACUACCCCCUUGGUGGACCGAAAGCUAUCUAAAAGAUUCGCCGUUCAAGCAUCGUUGUUCAUCGUGGUUCUCUAUUUCUGCAACAUUUGGUCGAUUAUCAAUUACAACCUCAAGAUGUGGACAGGCAAGGGAAAUAUCUAUGUUUCAAUGACGGCUUCGCUUAUCAAACCUUUGGAAGGAUUCUUCAAUACUAUGAUUUAUCUGCGACCUCGGUGGGUCAACUCCCGAAAAGAGGCUGCUACAUGUAGAAGGAAGAACAACACCUCUCUAACGGACCCCGAUGCCUCCGUCCCGCCGUCUUCCCUUUCGUUGCGACGCGCUCUUUCGCGGUCCUUGCGAAACCUGAUGGCUGGAGCUCACAACGUUACCGGGAGCGAUGAUGACGACGACAAUGUUGGAACCGUUGUCGAUGACGUGCCAGAAACAAAGCCAGGAGAGAGCAACGGGGAUAUGGGAAUUACGACCGUCCCAGAAGAUCUGGUUGAUGGGGAGGAAGCAGAGGAGGAGUCCAUGGCCAUGCCCGAACGUUUUGAAAUUCUCCAAGAUGCUCAAGAACAGACCGAGCUCGAAGCAUACUAGGUGCUCGUUCUUUGAGAUUCCCGCGUUUGUCUCCGAGGGUCGACUGUUGAGAGUCGAGCCUUUGAAUAGGUUCAGAGAUCUACUACUACUGGCUUGUUGACGAUGAAAGCAAUGUCUUGUCGACCCCCGAGCAGUCCACUCCUCUCCAGAUUCUCGGCAACUCGAACGUUACACAUACUUGAUCAAAAGGAUUCACAACUCAAUGCUAAUGUUGCGCCCUUUCGAUUGCCAGUGCUGCUUGCACAUUCCUCUAUAUUACACAUUUUUGAAGGGUUAACUAGCAUCAAUUAUGAACAAAUUAGGAUAGAUCGGGUGACGAUCGAACAUCGCAACCAGGAGCAUUAGGAUAUAGGCCCUCGAUUGUGUAUUGAGAACUUUGCAACUGUUUUGAUAGCCUUGUGUUCCGAGAGAGCUUGCCUAACAGCACGUUUUAAUCGUCUCGCCUCCAUAUCAACGGUACUGCUGAAGUUCGAGAUUGAUAGCUUCGAAUACAUCAUGUGCCAGCUGCUUUGGUGGUUAUGUCAUGGCAUGGAAUGUGGAUUCCAUGCAGUUGCCCGUGUCCUGCGCUACUUGGGGUUUAUGCAGACAAAAGGCAAUGAGUGCCAAUGCCGCAGCUGCAGAAAACGAAAUGGCCCCUCC